CAUCUCACCUCUCAGAUGUGAGUCACUUCUCAAGCAAGAGAGCCAGUUGCUCCAGUUGUUCCCGAGCAGGAGGGUUUGAAAGGGCGCCCCAAAGGAUAAUCUUUAGGCAGUUUCAAGGCUUAUUUGUAAUUGGCACUGAGAAACCUGUUUCGACUUGAAGACGCCUGUAUUAGGUGAAUGGACAGCCAGCCACCGCAAUGAAAGAAAUCAAACCAGGAAUAACCUAUGCUGACCCCUUGACUGAACUGUCCCCGAGUGUUUCCUGACACAGAUUUUUGCUUUCAGUCCCUCACAACUAAAGAAUGGGGCUCAACUUGACACUUGCAAAAUUACCAGAUAAUGAGCUGCAUGGCCCAGGGAAUCACACCCCAAGUAACACAAGCGAUGGACCCGGAAAGAACACCACCGUUCACAACGAAUUCGACACUAUCGUCUUGCCUGGGCUUUACCUCGUUAUAUUCGUGGCAAGCAUCUUGCUGAAUGGUCUAGCAGUAUGGAUCUUCUUUCACAUUAGGAAUAAAACCAGCUUCAUAUUUUAUCUCAAAAACAUAGUGGUUGCCGACCUCAUAAUGACACUGACGUUUCCAUUUCGAAUAGUCCACGAUGCAGGACUUGGACCUUGGUACUUCAAGUUUAUCCUCUGCAGAUACUCUUCGGUUCUAUUUUACGCCAACAUGUAUACUUCCAUUGUGUUUCUUGGGCUAAUAAGCAUUGAUCGCUACCUGAAGGUGGUAAAGCCAUUUGGUGACUCUCGCAUGUACAGCAUAACCUUUACAAAGGUUUUAUCUGUUUGUGUUUGGGUGCUCAUGGCUGUCCUGUCCUUGCCAAACAUCAUUCUAACCAAUGUCCAACCAACGAGGGAAAAUAUUCAUGAGUGCACGAAACUUAAGAGUCCUUUGGGAGUGAAAUGGCAUAACGCCAUCACUUACAUCAACAGCUGCUUGUUCGUGGUUGUGCUGGUGAUACUGAUCGGGUGUUACAUUGCUAUUUCCAGGUACAUUCACAAAUCCAGCAGGCAAUUCAUAAGCCAGUCAAGCCGAAAGCGAAAACACAACCAGAGCAUUAGAGUGGUCGUGGCUGUGUUCUUUACCUGUUUUCUGCCCUAUCACUUGUGUAGGAUUCCCUUUACUUUCAGUCACUUGGACAGACUUUUAGAUGAGUCGGCACACAAAAUCCUGUAUUACUGCAAAGAAAUGACACUUUUCCUAUCUGCGUGCAACGUAUGCCUGGACCCAAUCAUUUACUUUUUCAUGUGUCGCUCAUUUUCAAGAAGGCUAUUCAAAAAAUCAAACAUCAGAACAAGGAGCGAAAGCAUCCGAUCACUACAGAGUGUUAGAAGAUCCGAGGUCCGCAUAUACUAUGAUUAUACUGACGUGUAGGAAUUCAAGAUCACCAGACCCACUCUUGUUUGUCAGUUAUGUACAAAGUGUAAAUAAAUGUGUAUUUUCAUUAUCCUUGCUUGAGCCCAUCAAAAUGUGGAUGAGAAGAGAACUGAAAUGUUAUGAAUUUGGGGUAUAAUUCAGAAAUGAGGAAAACAUUAAGGCACAACGAAGAAAGUGAAACUGACGAGAUGGCAUAUGGCUGAGCAGCAGGAAUCAUGACUCAAAAUUUAAGAAGCAGAUUUCAGGGGCAGCAAAGGCAAUAGCUCUGCCAGCGCACUGCAGUCAUCGUCCAGGAAGUGCUGAUGCUCUGAAGCCACUUUUGAGAGGACAGGAAGUAGAGAGAACUCUGUUAGACCUUGAUCCUUAAGAUUUGGGAAAGAAAAUGCUGUUUUCAACACAGCUCAUUUGUUGCAGAUGUAACUGAGUAAACACGGAUUGCUAGGUUUCUCUGUCAUUGUAUCUAUGACCUGCCCACAACAUUAGCCAUAGUCCCUCAUCUAUGUUUACAUUUUAUGCACAUCAGAAAAACUUGCACAGUGCAGGAGUAGGCAAGGAGGUUCAGCUGUAUUUUUUUAAGCAAUACACUUUAAAAGACUGAAGUCACUUAACUGAGUUUAAACUUAGUUUAUUUCAGAGAAGAAAAAAGUAUGACUGAGUAUUAAGACAAGUCGAUUUUGAUAAAACACUGAACUUACAGAGCCAUUAUUAUAACCCUAUGCUGCAUUUGAAUUCUUAUGUGCUAGGGGCAGAGAACAGAAGACGAAGGCUGCAUUAACAGUCAAGUACAUAUAGUUUAUUUAAGAGCCAUUUAAUAAUCUUUAUUUUAUAAAAACUAUAGUUUUAAAUUAUAUCCAAUCUCUAAUAGGAAUAUCAUUCAUUUUAAACCUUCAGUUGUAGAGCUCAAUACAUCAAGUCAAAAAGAUUAAGGGUAACUUAAAAUCUUAGAAUAAUUUCUCCUUCUUCAAUAUAAACCUUUGAACCUCCAUGCUUUUUCAAAGCCUGCAGCUGCCUGACCACUGUCUAGGUUCCUAACAUGUGACAGGAGCCAAGGGCGCAUUAGAAGACCAGGAUGAAGGCAUGUUUGCCAACGAAAAGGUAUCAUUAUGGUUAACGAAGACAGAGCAGAUGUGUACACAUAUAAAACAGUGAAAGGCUUCAUUUUAUUUAGACUCGUACAAACGAUCUACACGAUUCUAAAAAGCUAAAGUGAGCGAAAAAGAAGGAAGCAGGUCCCAAGAAUAUCUCAGCCUAACUGACUACCAAGGUUAGGUUCAAGAACAGAAAAGGGGUCUAAUAGGUGAGUCAGGUUUAACAGAAGGGACAGAAGCAAAGAGUUGAAAAUAACUGUCCAAGGACCUUUAUCAGAGUAUCUAUUUCUCCAUCAAGAUUCAAAUUCCAUAAAUUCCAGGGGAUCUACAGUAUAUGAAUUAAUACACAUCUCUCUUGGACAUGUGCCUAGCUACCACCACCUGCUGCUCGUUUUGUUCACUAGCUAGGUUAAGAUAGCCAUACUUUACACUAGGUAUUGAAGAAGACAGUUUGAAAGGCUAAUUCCUUUCUCCAUUCUCCUCAUGACACCCAGGCUGAGUUACAGCUGCCCUAUACAAAAAGGAGGAGCAAUGCUGCACCUGGGAAAACCCUCAGUACAGUGUGUCCUAGACUCUCCUUCCUCUACUUGGCUCUACAUCACAGCUCACUGUGUGUGUGUGUGUGUGCGCGUGUGUGUGUGUGCGUGUGUGUAUGCGUGUGUGUGUGUGCGUGUGUGUGUGUGUGUGUAAAGCAUGCUCACCUUAGAACAUGCCUAAGAACUAAGAACCUAUCAUCUUCAUCAAAUGAGUCCAUCUGGUGUUCUGAAACUUAGCAGAGCUAACCCCACACUGCAUUUAAUUCUCUAAAAUUCAGGCCUCAAUUCUAAGAGCUCCUUAAAAUAUUUCAAUCCCAUUUUAAUGUUUCUAAAAUUGUACUAUUGUAGAGUUAAUGGGUACAUUUAAUAUAGUGGUUUUAUUCUCUGAAAUUACAUUAUUAAGUCAAUGGGACAGCUUAAAACAUUGACUUAGGGAAAAAAUUUGAAAGUAUUAUCUCCAUUUUCUUAAAGCCAUAUUACAAAAGCAUCAAAUCAUACUGCUUGUACUUUACACAAAUAUACCGUGUCACAACCAAGAAUGAAUCAGUCACAUGACUAACAUAAUAUCCACAGGAAUAAUUUAAAAUAUUGUGUUGGUGUCAUAAGUUAAUAUAAACUGCUGCACUAACAUUGAAGAAAGUAAAAAUUCUAUUUGAUUGGUUUUUAAUUAAUUGAAAAUUUGGAAAUAAUUUUAUAUUUGAAAUCAAAUUUCUUACAUGGAAUUUUGGAUUAUAUUCAGUAUUUUAGGACCCACCUAAGGCAGCAAUUUUAACAUAGCUAUUUUUAUUUUAUGCAAAUGAGAAAUAUAUCCAGAUAAUUUCAAAAAGAAAUUUUUCUAUUAUUCAUAAAAAUUACAUGCAGAGAAACUUACCUUGCAGAAAAUCUUUUGGUGUGCAUAUUACUAACUCUGUUAUAUUCAUUAUACCAUUCAUACCAUUUUAUUCUCAUUUCCAAAUAGUAUAUCAGUAUUGUGUUUCUCAAUUAAAGUUUCAAAGGAAUGAUAAUUUGGAAAAGGCGUAAGCUCAGACUAAAUACCUAAGCCAAAAUUGUGAAUACACAGUACAAUCUCAAACAUAAAUGUUAUGAUCACGGUGGAGAAAUGUGAUAUACAAGAAAAAAAUAAAGUAAAAAAACAAGGGCAAAAUAAAGCUUGAGGAUCACUUAAAUGUCGUAAAUAUUCUGUCUCAAACAGAACACCACAAGAAAACAGCUUAUCAAAUCAAUAAAUACUAGGCACAUCCUACGUUUGAAAAAAAAAUUAUGGCUAAGACGAUAUUUACAAUAAUCUUUGGAUAUGUGUAAGUGAAUUAUAAAAGCAUUAAGAUCAAACAUUUUCAAAUUUAAACAUAAACAUGAAUUAGCUACGCUCUGCGCCCCACCCCCAGCCCUCUAUCACCAUCUAGUGGUAAAUUUAUGAAACAACUGAAAACGAGUCCAGUGCUAGUUACUGCUUGUGACUACACAUUACCAUGGCCUAGGCCUUCCCUCUAGGCUUCCUUCAGUCAGUCAUCUUUAGUGCUAACAAAAAGCA